CGUGAAAAUAAUGAGAUUCUUGUUUGGGACCUGAGAGUUCAAAACUAAGAAUUGGAAGACUCCACCCAUCACCGUUUACGGCAAUGUCGAUGUUGUCGCAAUCCAAACCCCUCCGCAGCCGCACCUACCUGCUACACUUCACGAGGCGGCGCUGUCACUGCAACUCCCAAAACGACGCCGCAUCGGCGGUGACCCAAGUAGUGGAACUUCUCCAACUUCCACCGGACCAUUGGGACCACGACAAGCUCCACUCCAUUCUCUUCAACCCCUCACCCCUCUCCUCUCACCACUUCCUCCAAAUCACUCUCCAACUAUCUUCCAUUCCCAAAUCCCUCCAAUUUCUCAAAUACCUCUCAGCAAAAGCCCCACAACACCAUCCCCAUUCCCUCUCUUCCGUCUUCCAGGGCUCUCUUGAACUCGCUUCUCGACACCCCAAUUCCCAAACCCACCUUGUCAGCCUCCACCGCUUCCGAAAAUCCACCCACCCCACUCUCCCCCUCACUCCCAAAUCCGCUUCGCUUCUCUUGCAGUGCCUUGAAAAUGCGCGACUGGUCAACGACUCGCUUCUUCUCUUUAACCAGCUCGACCCUUCUUCCAAAAGUCCCCAACUUUGCCACGGAUUGUUGAGGGUCUUGCUGAAAUCGGGUCGUGCCGGCGAUGUACUCCACGUGCUCGACGAAAUGCCCCAAGCGAAUUCCGGGUUUUCCGUGACGGGGGAAAUUGUUUUUGGGGAGUUGGUGAGGAGUGGAAGAAGUUUUCCUGAUGGGGAGGUUGUGGGGUUGGUUGCCAAGCUAGGUGAGCGCGGAGUUUUCCCUGAUGGGUUUAAGCUUACUCAGUUGGUGGGUAAGCUCUGUGGGGAUCAGAAGAACGGUGUUGCGUGGGAGGUUUUGCAUUGUGUGAUGAGAUUGGGUGGUGCGGUUGAUGCUGCGUCGUGCAAUGCUUUGUUAACUUGGCUAGGACGGGGGAGGGACAUUAAGAGGAUGAAUGAACUGUUGGCGGAGAUGGAAAAGAGGAAGAUACGGCCUAGCGUGGUUACCUUUGGGAUUCUUGUUAAUCAUUUGUGCAAGGCUAGGAGGAUUGACGAGGCGUUACAGGUGUUUGAUAGAUUGAGAAGGAAGGGAGGAAGUAAUUGGGUUGGUGUUGAGCCUGAUGUGGUGUUGUUCAAUACUUUGAUUGAUGGACUUUGUAAGGCUGGGAAGGAAGAAGAUGGUUUGAGUUUGCUGGAAGAGAUGAAAAUGGGGAAUAUAAAUAGGCCGAACACGGUGACAUAUAAUUGCUUGAUUGAUGGGUUCUUUAAAGCUGGAAAUUUUGAUAGAGCACAUGAGCUGUUUCGUCAGAUGAAUGAGGAAGGAGUGCAGCCAAAUGUGAUCACCCUCAAUACAUUGGUUGAUGGUUUGUGCAAACAUGGAAGGGUCCAUAGAGCAGUUGAGUUUUUCAACGAGAUGAAAGGGAAGGGCCUGAAAGGGAAUGCUGCUACUUAUACUGCGUUGAUAUCUGCCUUCUGUGGUGUGAACAAUAUUAAUAGAGCCAUGCAAUGUUUUGAAGAGAUGUUGAGUUCUGGGUGCUCUCCAGAUGCUGUUGUUUACUAUAGUUUGAUAUUGGGUUUAUGCAUUGCUGGAAGGAUGAAUGAUGCCAGCGUUGUUGUGUCAAAGUUGAAACUGGCUGGGUUCAGUCUUGAUAGAUCUUGCUAUAAUGUUCUCAUCAGUGGAUUCUGUAAGAAGAAGAAGUUGGAAAGAGUUUAUGAACUGCUUACCGAAAUGGAAGAAACUGGAGUUAAACCUGAUACUAUCACCUAUAACACUUUGAUUUCCUAUCUUGGCAAAACUGGAGAUUUUGCAACUGCCAGUAAGGUAAUGGAAAAGAUGAUUAAAGAGGGUCUUAGGCCCUCUGUUGUCACAUAUGGGGCAAUUAUACAUGCAUAUUGUUCUAAGAAGAAUGUUGAUGAGGGUAUGAAGAUUUUUGGGGAAAUGUGUUCUACAUCCAAAGUCCCUCCCAACACUGUCAUAUACAACAUUUUAAUAGAUGCUCUGUGCAAGAAUAACGAUGUAGACAGGGCGAUUUCUUUGAUGGAGGACAUGAAGGUAAAGGGGGUUAGGCCUAAUACAACCACAUAUAAUGCUAUUCUCAAAGGAGUUCGUGAUAAGAAAAUGUUGCACAAAGCAUUUGAAUUGAUGGACAGAAUGGUUGAAGAAGCUUGCAGACCUGACUAUAUAACCAUGGAGGUUCUUACUGAAUGGCUUUCUGCAGUUGGUGAAAUAGAAAAAUUGAAACAUUUUGUCGAAGGCUAUCAAGAUUCUUCCUAUCCAGCAUCAUCUCAAACUUAACUUUGUUUAUGGUAUACUUGAGCUAAACCAUAUAGAUUGGUAUUCCUUUUGAACCCAUUUUUAAAACACGAAAGCUGAAAUAAAGCUUGAAGUGUACAUAUGUUUUUUUUGCCAAUGUUAAAUUAAUUUGGAGUGCCUAUAGUUGUAUCAGAUUGUUAAAUAAGUUCUGUUAAAAAGUUUUAUAUGGGUUCUUUAUA